ACACAAGAUCUACAUAUCUACAUUGUAUGUUUCUAUGAUGUGGUCUAUCUAUUGGAAUCUUAUAUACUGGAACCAAGUAACAGGAACUCUACUACUUAUACUGGAUAUAUCACUUGGUGACUAGAUCUAUAGAAGGUUCUCAACUUUUGGUUUAUCGCUUCUUGUCUAAAUUCUCAGUGGGAAGGAAGGUUUAUAAACUGAGGUCAGUGGUAGAUCAUUGCAAGGAUGACAUCCGAAUGGAAAAGUUCACGUAAAAGAUCAAGAAUUGCGGAGCAAGUGAUCGAACCAAGCACACUUCCUUCAAAAAAGAUUACUAAAGAUGAUUAUUGGACAAAACGAUCAACAAAGUCUGCAGAUUCCAUGAAAUAUGGUUCCUCUUCCACCGAUUAUAGACAAGUCUAUAGAGCUCGUUCAACUGCAAGAAAGCGCCCGUACACUACUUUUAAAAGUGAAAAAAUGGAAGCUAGAUACAUUUCUAGGAAACGAAAUCCAAAGAUCCACUCACAAGGCUGCGGUUUUAAUCGUAAGCAAGAUGCGGAUUCCAUGAAACAAGAUAGGCUGGUGAUCAAAAUUAAUUUUUCAACCAUAUGGCCUUCAUUCAGUAGUGUGCAGACAGCAGAGGAACAACUGCCAACAUACAGAGAGUUACAAUCUGAAGGUUUGCCGAAAACUCUAAAAGCUAAUAUCACUGACGGCUCCUUUUCAUCUGUUUCCGAGUACUUGUCAAUAUUCAUUGGACUGCUUAGAGAAGAUUUUGUACAUCCUCUUCGAGAAGCACUACAUGGUCCCCUGCAUGGCCUGUGUAUCCCUAAAGAAAGGACAACUACUACUGUGUAUGAAGCUGUUCGUGUAAAAAGCAAAAUUCCUAUUGAUAACUACAUUCUGUGUCAACUUCGAUUUGAAUGGCCAGGAAAUAUCAAAUGGAAGUUCUCUCGAAACUUAACAUAUGGAAAUCUAGUAUGCCUCUCCAACGACAACUUUGUCACCAUACACUUUGCAACAGUAGCGGACAGAAAUCUUGAUGAUUUAAAUGAGAAAGAAAUCACUGUCAAAGUGAUUGGAGACGCUGCAAUAGAUCUAGCAAAAACCUCUAACACGGUGUACAGAAUGAUUGAAUCUCCAAGCUAUUAUGAGGCUUAUGCUCCUGUACUGGAAAGACUAAAAGCGAUUGAACAAAACAAACCUGCACAGAUACCAUUCCAGAAACACAUCGUGUACUGCCAAGCUAAAGUGGAAGUACCCCUAUAUUUGAAAGAUCCAGUCACUCAAGUAGAUCUAAAUCUUCAAGGUGUGAUUUGCUCCUGUGAGAGCUUAAAAUGUGAACACAGUGCUAUCGGAGUGAAAGAAGUGGAGCAAAUGUCGUUACCCACAGAUUCAAACUGCAAACUAGACCAGUCACAGAUCAGAGCUUUAUGCACUGCAUUAACCCGAGAAUUGGUAUUAAUUCAAGGUCCACCAGGUACUGGGAAGACUUAUAUUGGAUUGAAAAUUGUACAGGCCCUGUUGCUGAACAAAUCAAUAUGGACACAAUCCAAUAAGAAAAUUAAAACGCCCAUAAUGGUUGUCUGCUUCACCAACCAUGCUCUUGAUCAGUUCUUGGAAGGUUUAGUUAGAAUCGCAGAUACUCAUCCAAUUGAAAUUAGAAGACUUGGAGGGCGAUCUAAAAGCAGUAUUCUUGAACCAUACAACAUCAAAGAAUUUGUGCGGCAAGAAUGUCGAGAACAACGCAUUUACUUGAGAUCUUCACAGAAGCUACUAACACUACAAAGAAAAAUUGUUGCCAUGAACGAUUUCUUGGAUGGUAAAUUUAUUAAGUCGAUGCGAAAUAUUAAAAUGUAUAGCUACUUCCUAAGUGGAGCUAUUUGUGAUGAAAUGAUGGAAAUGUGCAGCUUUAAUAUCACUUUGCCUGAUCUCUCAAGACAAGGACUGGUGAAAGUGAAGCCAAAUAAAGACCGUAUGUAUCGGAAUCCUAUUCAAGACCAGAUUGAAGCUGAGAGACAAGUGUUUUUUGAGCACGAUAACGUGAACGAUGAUGGAUCUGCUGCGUUGUAUGAGAGUGAAUCUCUCGGUCAGUUUGUUAGAUACUUUCACACAGUGGAACCCUUGUCUGAAAAAAUAGCACACAAAUUCCUCCGAAAUCGCACUGUUUAUGAAGACAAGGUUGCAUUUCAACGGUUCAAGUACUGUUUAAUUGAACUUUGCCGUGCUUGGCAAAAAGAAGCCCAGUGCACAGCUGAAAAGUCCGAGGUGGACAAUCAAAAGCGACAUCUAAUUAGAAUGAAAUGUUUGAGGCAAGCGGAUGUGAUUGGUCUCACUACAACAGGAGCAGCAAAGUAUGGAUCGGCGAUGAUACAGAUGAGAUCUAGGAUAUGUAUUGUCGAGGAGGCUGCUGAAGUUUUAGAACCGCAAAUCAUUGCUGCUCUCAGUGAGCAUACUCAGCACCUAAUACUAAUUGGUGAUCAUAAGCAGCUGCGUCCCAAAACCAACAUCUAUGAAAUUGCUCACAAGUAUAAGUUAGAAGUAUCCCUGUUUGAACGCUUAGCCAUUAAUAAUUUUCCUGUUGUAACACUGGAGGUACAGCACCGAAUGAGACCAGAAAUAUCCUGUAUUGUAUCGAAGAACAUUUAUGGUGGAGCAUUGAAAGACAGUAAGGAUGUACACAACUAUGAAGAUGUAAAGGGAAUUCAACACAAUAUUUUCUUUGUUAACCAUCACCGUCUUGAAUCAACAGAUGACAACACUAGUCCACACAAUACACAUGAGGCAUAUUUUGUCAUUUCUUUAAGCAAAUAUUUGCUCAAGAACGGCUAUGACUCGAAAGAAAUUACUAUUAUUACACCUUAUGAGGGUCAACUAUUAUUUCUUCGUACUCAAAUAGAGAAGGAGUUACGUAGUAAUCAACUGUCUACCGUGGAAUCCAAGAUAGUGGAGGAAGUAAACAAGAUCCAUGUUACUACAAUAGACAGCUACCAAGGAGAAGAAAAUAAAAUUAUCCUGCUCUCCAUGGUCAGAAGUAAUCAAGAGCGUAGAGCUGGUUUUACUAAAAAUGAAAAUAGGGUGUGUGUUGCCUUGUCACGUGCUAAGGUUGGAUUCUAUUGUAUUGGAAACUUUGACAUGCUUCAAAAAUGCUCUAGGCUAUGGAAAUCAAUUGUUUCUGAUCUUGAACGGAAUGAGCAUCUUGGAAAUCAACUUCCGCUUAAGUGUGUAAAUCAUAACAACAUAACUGAAGUGUCUUGUGAAAAGGACUUUUUACUUGUGUCCGAAGGUGGAUGCAAUAACCCCUGCAGUAAGCCAUUUCCAAAUUGUAGCCAUAUUUGUGCCGAAAAAUGUCAUCCACACAACAUUGAUCAUCUUAAGUUAUGUUGUUCGCAACCUUGCGAGAAACUAUGCGACAAAAACAAACAUAAAUGUAAGGCAGUUUGUGGUUUGGAAUGUCCUCCCUGUGAUGAACCUGAGGAUAAACAAAUACCAAAUUGUGGUCAUCAACAGAAAGUUCCCUGUAGCAUGCCUCCUUCUGAAUUCCCAUGUAAGGUAGAAUGCGAUAAGAAAUUGCCAUGUGAUCACCCGUGCCGACUGACAUGUGGGGAAAUCUGUACUAGUAAACCGUGUAGAAGCUUUGUUAAAAAGAUAUGGCCAUGUGGUCAUGAAGCACAAAAAGAAUGUCACACAACUGAUUUGGAGUAUUCUUUCACUUGCAGCUUUCCAUGUAAUGAAACUUUAGUGUGCGGUCAUAGAUGCAAAGGCAAGUGUGGAAAAUGCUUACAAGGGAGGUUGCAUGCACCCUGCAAGGAGAAAUGCGAAAAGAUUUUUGUUUGUGGUCACAAGUGUUCAGACCUUUGUGCAGUUGUCUGCCCACCAUGUGAGAAAGCGUCUCUGUGUGAAUCUGGUACACAAAGCCGCAAAUCUUGCCAUCAGAGAUGUCAAUGGAAAUGUGAGCAUCAUAAUUGCAAGCUGGCUUAUGGUGAAGUUUGCCAUCGAUCUAGGUGCUCACAACCUUGUAAAAAAAUGUUCAAGUGUGGUCAUGAAUGCAUUGGUCUCUGUGGAGAACGUUGCCCUACACGUUGCAAAAUUUGCAAUAAAGACUUGAUAUUCUCUGGUGGGGAUACUAGUUCUCAUUAUGUAAUACUGGCCGACUGUGGCCAUGUGUAUGAAUAUGAAGUUAGUAACUUUGAUGAGCAGGUGAAUCGUCACAACAGUUUCAAAAUCGAUUGGAAAUGGUGUCCUACUUGUAAAAAAACUAUAAUAGCUUCCCCUCGUUACACCAUAUGUAAGCCAGAACAGCAAGAUAUGAACGUCAUAAAGAUUUUGAAUCAUCAUAAUCUUUCAAAGCAAGAGAAGCAGCUAUGUAUAGAAAAUGCUGUAAGUAGUUGCGACAAGAUUGCUAAAAUUGUGAAACUACCAAAUCUACUUAUGCCCUCACUUGAGAGGUCGUUGAGCAAAUGGCUUCACAAAAUAACAGAUGUGAAGUUUCUCACAUCAUUAAGUGAUCCACUGCUUGAAUGCAGUGCUGAGCUGCUACAGGUUGUUUUUCAAGCUCUUAUCUAUGCAGAGAAGCUGAAAAGUCAAAUAGCAGGUGUUCAAACAUAUGACCCUGAUCAAAAGAAUCGCUUGCCACUUGAAACAAAUAUUAACGUUCUUUUUUCUCAGACACUGCAAUUUUUAGAGCGCAUUACCUCCUACUUAAAGUUUCAGCCCUUCACUGACCAAAUGACUUCCGACAUAGCUUCAGAAAUUAGACGUAUCACUAUGCUUGGUGAGCUGUACCUACUUUUGUACGCUUUACCAUGUGACAAGCAGUUUCCAGACGACCAGCUGUUGUUACAAUUACAGAAAUAUGAACGUCUUGGGAUAAAGACAAGUAAAAUUACCACACAAGACAUUUUCGAAACAACACCAUUACAGUUAGAUGAGAUAUCUCAACUGUUGCACGUGCCACUCCAGGAUCCUUCAAAACAAGAACAAGCUCAAUCGUGGCACAAACAAGAAAGGUGGGGGCACAGGUGAAUCCAUGAAACUAUUAUUUUAGACGCACACAACAAGUCGCACUAAUGAUAGACAAUCUUUUAGUUAUCUAGAUGUACUAUAAUUAUGUUAUUAGAUGUACUAUAAUUAUGUUAGUCUAUUUUAGCCCUUUAGAAGCCCACGUACUAGAGGCGGUUUGCAAAGUAGACUUUAUUGCUUAUUAUACUAGUCAGUUUCUAGUGGUACACUUUUGUGGCAAUGUUAUUUUGUGGUAUAAUUAUAACUAUAGUGUUACAACCCUUUUCACCACAUAUAAAAUUAAUGUUGAAAA